AUGGCCGACCAACCCCGCCCUACGCCUCCCCAGGCACCAGAGCCAACCUACGAGCUAGAGUGGGAGUCGCGGGUCCAGCAGCCCAAGCGCAGGAGCCGCCUGAGCCGUCUCUUCCCCAUCGGCGGCGGCGUCGCACCAGAGGAUCCGGAGGCCGUCGCACCCGCGCCACCGCCGCCGCCACCACGACGCCCGUCCUCGUUUCAGCGAAAACCCCUCACUGGCGCUACCACGCCGGCCGCUAUCCCAACCCCUGCCGCCCCGAGCACGAGCGACGACGACCUCGCCCAGCAGACCCCACUCACCAAGGAGGCCCAGCAGCAGCACCAGCCGCCCCUUGCCCGCGAUGGGGCGCCAGUAGUAGCGGGGCAGACGGAGCAGGAGCCAGCAAACAGCGAUAAGGCAGAGGCGGCGGCCGCGGGGGUUGGGGCAGCGCGCUCGAGCCCCCGGGCCCGCCUGGACUCGAUGAUGCCGCCCAACCGCAGGCAUGCGACGGCGCGUAUUCCUCGCCGCGGCCGCCGCCCUCCUCCUGCUCCUCCUGGCCCUCGUGCGUGCGGCGGCUCGCACGGCGACGGAGACAUGAUCGUCGCCGUGGCCCGGAGCGUCUUCGAUGCGGCCGCGAACGAGGGCGACGGCAACCCCAACAACAACCCCAUAUGUGGCAGGCGGAUCCGGGUCGAGCGCGGCGACGUGUCGGUGGACGUGGCCGUGGUCGACAGGUGUGAGGGGUGCAAGCCUACCGACUUGGACCUGUCGCCGUCCGCGUUCCAGAGGCUGGCGCGGGAGGGGGACGGGAGGGUUGUCGGGCAGUGGAGGUGGCUGUGA